AUGCCGCCUCGAGUAACCUCAUCCGCUGGAAGAGGCCGCGGCGCACCUCACAGGGGAGGACCACCCGGUGGUGCUACUUCGAUACGAGGAGGCGCAGGCGUGUCUGGUGCUUCAGGCCUCCAAGGCAACCAUGUUGUCACUGUUGGUGUCAAGCGACCUAGUUUUGGCACAAGUGGUCAGCCCAUCGCCGUGGCGGCCAACUUCUUCGAAGUUAGCCUGCCCCAGGGUAAUAUCCAUCAUUAUGACGUCAUUACACCAUCUGAGAAAACACUCCCCGCUCGUCUCAACAUGGACCUCGUUGAACAUCUGCAGACCGUUCACGCGCCUGAGGUAUUCACACCGAGGGCAGUUUAUGACGGUCGCAAGAAUAUGUUUGCACCUCGGGAGCUACCUCUUGGUCAGGAAGGUAGUCGGGAAUUUAGUGUGAGUUUGACGGGUGGCACGACACACGGCAGCUCCAGCGAAGCCCCUACUGGUCGCGGUCCGAAGGUCUACAAGAUUCGCCUGACGAAAGUCAACACCAUCAACCCUGAGGUCCUGGAGAGAUUUAUUGCCGGGCAACAAAGCCACGACAAUACUGUUCUCACUGCGUUGACGGCUUUAAACGUGGUGAUUCGUAUGGAACCCGUCAUGAAAUAUCCGUUCAAUGUGAGGUCCUUCUUCACUGACAGGGAGACCAAAGAUAUAGGCGCCGGUCUCGUCCUUUGGAGAGGUUACUUUCAGUCUAUCCGGCCGGCGAUAAGCAAGUUGCUUGUGAAUGUUGACAUAUCCACUGGGACGAUGUACAAGCCUGGGGCUCUUCUUAAUCUAUGUCUGGAAUACCUCAACCAUGGGAAGCAUCCUUCCCAGAUGAUUCAGCCACAGCACAUCAACAUGAGAGAAGGUCUGGGAGAGCGCGACCGCAUAAAGCUUCAGCGAUUCAUCUCAGGCAUCCGUAUUCAGACCACUUAUGCUGGCGAGCAUGGACGCAAAACACCUCGCGUUCUCAAGAAGCUUAGCUCAGCGGGCGCAUCAGACCUUACUUUUGCUCUCAGAGAUGGCAACCAGCUAACCGUCGCCAACUAUUUCAGACAGUUAUUGAAUCGUCCUCUGAAGUUCCCUGGAGGCCUCUGCGCGGAGGUUGGGCAAGGUGCCCUUAUUCCCCUGGAACUUUGCACGGUACCCCCGGGGCAAAUUAUGCGAAAGCAGGUCCCUCCAGAGAAGACCAAAGACGUACUAGAGUUCGCGACUAAGAGGCCUGCCGAUCGUCUGGCCAGCAUAUCGAACGGGCUUUCUGUUUUGUCCUAUGGGCAGUCUGAUUAUGUUCGGCAAUUUGGAAUGGUCGUAGAAGACACAGCUGGUCCUAUCAAGCUCAAUGCGCGAGUGCUACGCCCACCGAACUUGAAGUACGGCACAAAUAGCAGACAGCCAACGAUUACGCCGCGGGAAGGUGCAUGGAACAUGGUGGACAAACGCUUUCAUCGUCCCAGCGUCAUUGAUAAAUGGGCUGUCGUUAUUUAUGAGCGUCAAACCCGCUUUAAUGAACAGGCCGCGCGAGACAUGGUCAGGGACUUAGUGAAGAGCUGUCAAGACGUCGGUAUCCAAGUGCACGACCAAAACCCUAUUAUCCAGUGGCAAAACGCCCAAGGCCACGUAGCCGAUCAACUGCGGAGAGUUGGACAGUUAUGUCGGCAGCAGAAGGGAAAGCCACCGCAACUCAUCGUUGUUAUUCUACCGGAUGGAGGAAAUGACAUUUACACGGCUGUAAAACACUUCGGUGAUAUCACGGUGGGAGUGGCUACUCAAUGCAUGAAGAGUUCUAGAUGCUAUAGAGCUAAGCCUCAGUACUUUGCAAACAUUUGCCUGAAGAUGAAUGUUAAGCUGGGUGGAAUAAACACCAUUUCAGACCCUCAGUCGGGGAUCACGACCUUAUCAGAUCCUCGCAGCCCAACAAUUGUGAUGGGGGCAGACGUCAUCCAUCCUCCGCCGGGGUCUGAUGGGCGACCGUCGUUUACAGCUCUUGUGGGCAGCGUUGACUCAGACUCGGCGAAAUACGUUGCCACCAGUCGCGUUCAGGCUUCUCGUGUGGAACUCAUUGAAGAUUUGCAGGACAUGGCUAAGCAUAUAUUGGUCAAGUAUAUGCAAUAUAGACAGGUUGUUGAGAAGAAGACCACGGGAAUAGCACCCACUCGCUUAUAUUUCUAUCGAGACGGAGUUUCGGAAGGACAGUUUCAGCAGGUGCUGGACUCAGAGUUGAAGGCGCUCAAAGAGGCGUGCAGAGAGCUCAAGAUUCAGCCCAAGAUCACCAUCAUAAUCGUUGCAAAGCGUCACCACACGCGUUUUUUCCCAACAAACCCUAAGGACGCGGAUAGAAGCGGCAAUUGUCCCGCUGGAACUGUGGUUGACCAAGACAUAGUUCACCCGGCUGAAUGGGACUGGUACCUUCUAAGCCAUGGGGGUCUACUAGGAACAAGCAGACCUGCUCACUACAAUGUGCUUUACGAUGAAAACAAUUCCACUCCGGACGGUCUACAGACGCUUUCCUUCGCACUUUGCCAUCUAUAUGCGCGCUCCACGAGAUCCGUGUCAAUUCCUGCACCUGUCUAUUAUGCCGACAUUGUUUGUAGUCGCGCAAAGAAUCACUAUGACCCCCAGGGAAGUUUGGAUUUCUCUGACACGGUCACCCAGACAGAUUCAAACCAAGCGCAAGGGAUGCUGGAAACUUACAAGCAAAAUUUCCGACCACUUCACCCCAAUAUGGAACGUCUCAUGUAUUUUUCUUGA